CAAGUACUUUCAAAUGUUCUGGUACAUAACCCGUAUCUGUGUAAUAUAUCCAUCUGUAAUGGCAACUGCUACUACCACUACAUUUCACAUGGCUUGUAAAUUCAUCACAUCAACUCCACUUAAUUAUCAAAACUUACCACCCUCUUCUCAAAUCAUUUUACCCUUGUAUAAUCUUCACUCCAACUCUCUCAACAAUCUACAAUCAACAUCAUCAACAACAUGUAGAAGAAGAGUUUCACCAGUUUAUAAUGCAGUCAAGGCAGAGGAGUCUCUGCAGUACAAGACCUCACCUCCUGUAUCUUCCAAGCUUGUUCUUGUCAUCGGUGCAUCCGGCGGAGUUGGACAAUUAGUUGUGGCAUCACUUCUAAAUCGAAACAUCAAAGCACGAUUACUAGUUCGUGAUCCUGAGAAAGCAAGAACUCUGUUUGGUGAACAAGACGAGGACAAACUACAGGUGUAUAAAGGGGACACCCGAAACCCAGAGGAUCUUGAUCCCUCAAUUUUUGAGGGUGUCACGCAUGUUAUAUGCUGUACAGGAACAACAGCCUUUCCAUCGAGGCGCUGGGAUGGCGAUAACACCCCUGAAAGAGUAGAUUGCGAUGGAGCAAAAAAUCUUAUAUCGGCACUGCCUUCUUCACUUAAAAGAGUUGUCUUGGUAUCAUCGGUCGGAGUCACCAAGUUUAAUGAACUACCCUGGAGCAUUAUGAAUCUCUGUGGAGUUCUUAAAUAUAAGAAGAUGGGGGAAGAUUGUCUUAUCAAUUCGGGCCUUCCAUAUACUAUAAUCAGACCUGGAAGAUUGACUGACGGACCAUACACAUCAUAUGAUCUAAAUACUCUUCUCAAGGCUACAGCUGGAGAACGGCGGGCAGUUGUUAUUGGCCAAGGAGAUAAACUUGUUGGGGAGGUCAGCAGGCUUGUGGUUGCUGAAGCAUGUUUACAAGCAUUGGACAUUGAGUGUACAGAAGGCCAAAUUUAUGAGAUUAACUCAGUCAAGGGGGAAGGGCCAGAAAACAACAAGGAUAGGUGGGAGGAGUUGUUCAGAGCAGCUACAGUACAGUAAAUUUGGUCUUCACCAUGUAUACUUUUGUAUAUAAGAACUUAAUUUAAGUUUGUAAAUUAUAGCACAGAAUGUUACUUGUACCAUUUUCACAGACAACCAAUCAAACAUAUUCGAUAUAUUGUGCUUAUUAGGGAGGGGUCAGAAGGUGAUAUGAACAAAGAAUGAAGAGGAUGUUUCUGUUAGUUUGAAGUCGCCCACUAGUUGUUAACGAGUUCCAGAAAUUAGGAUCUCUUUUAUAGUUUAGAUUAGGAUAAAGCAUGAAAUCAUGUCUUCUCACAAUGUUGGCUUUAUUUUUGAUAUACCUGUUUCUUCAAGGCUA